AUGCCGUUGUUUUUUGCAACAUGUGGCCCCGAUCAAGUUAUGGCAAUUUCAGGUAGGGACAAAGCCCAAUAGUUUGCACAGCACGACUGCAAAAAAGUCAAGAAAUAUGGAAGGUUUUUUUAUGUAAGAAAAUAUAGCUUGAUAAAUGUUCUCCUUGUAAGCAAAAUUUAGUGUAGAAUGUAGAUAUGCGGUAUUUGUAGGGUAUAUUUUUUUAUGAAGUUGAUUAAUUGUGUUUUAUAAAAUUUAAAUGCCGUAUCCUAUAGUAUUUGACUAUUUGUUGCAAAUUAUAAGCGGAUGUUAUUCAACAAAUGCCUGAAAAUUUCGAGUAAUUUUGCAAACAUAUUGGCAGCAAGUUUAUCAUCAGUGUCCUAAAAUAUCUAAUCAGUAUUUGACUUUGGAAUUUUACACCAUUUCAUAAAAAUCACUGAUAAAAUGUGUUUAUUAUAAAUGCCAUGCAUAUUUGACAAUGACUACAUAAUUUGUUAUUGUGCUAUUCUUUCACUAAGGGAAAAAAUAUUGGGUAUCAGCAACUGAUAUUUGGAUGUCUACUUGAACGUGAGAAAGCAGUGCAUUAUAAUAUGAUACACAAUUAACUUAUUAAAUUGCAAUUCAUUGUAAUAUGUAAAUCCAAAACAAUAUUAAUAGUAUGACUUCAAAAAUGGGAAGUUUUUUCGAUUUCAGUUAGAUUUUAGUCCCCAAGAAUGAAUGAAAUUACUACAUAUCAUAGGUAUAUAUUAUACAAGUGCUGAGAAGUACUAUAUAAGGUCAUUAGUUAACUCAUUAAGUGGCAAUGUGGCCAGUGGCCUACUUUAUUAUUUUGCUCUGAAUAAUGCCAGACGAUAUUACUUGUCAAAGGGCUCAGAGCACUGGCAUUCAAUGGGUUAAAUAUUAGUACUUCUUUAGAAGCUUUAGUUCAGUGAUGAUGGUUAGGUUCAAGGAGCAGUUUUCCAGCUAGGUGGAAUUUUGUGCGAAGAGUGGGAUUUUUCUUUGUCUUUUCUAAUUAGUUACACACGAAAAAUCACAAGACAAAGAAAAAUUCUGCUCUACAUGCAAAAUACUGCCCAAUGAAGAACUGGAGGCCACUGGUGCUCAUGCACUGCUCAGUGGGUUAAUCACACUGGUAAAAAAAAUUAGUAGUUUCUCGUCCCCGCCCGCAUCCUUUUUCCCUGUCGCAUGGAUUUUACUUUUUUUAUGUUUUAUAUCAUGCCUGUAUAUUUAGUUUUUUUUGCAGGUAGCUAAGCCAAAUAAAAUGCAUGGUCCGAACUUGCCCACUUUGCUUCAAGCUUGCAAAUUGCGACAGGGUACCGGCCACCGAAGAAAUGUUAUUGAGUUAUGUUUCAUGUUGUCAAAAUUGAGUGUCCGCUAAUUUGCUCAAACCCAUUAUUUGUAAUAAUAUUCAAUGAAUGGAAAUCAAGAAAGCUGACAACAAGAACAUUCUGACUGUUCGAAGAAAAUUUUCUCAAAAAUUUUAAGUUUUUGAUGGCAUCAUUUGAUCAAUUUACGUCUUGAGUACGACUCUUAUUAAAUCACUAAAUAAUUGCAAAAUGUAUUUGGAAAAAUUGAAAUUUUCUACUUUACUUAAGCAUGUGUAAGACCUUCUGACCAAGGAUUGCAGUUAGCUUCAGGCACUUGCAGGUAGUGCCACUACCUAGGAUCCCAACAUCUGACAGGCAUGUUUUAUAUUCGAGCCUUUCAAAGAAUUUCCACUUAGUGAUUUUGGCCAUUUUGCUCCUUUUGGCCUAGUUUGGUUGCUGUUCGGAAAUUUUCGUCAAUUCUUGCUUGCUGUUUGGUACUUUGCGCCUGCUGUUCACGCCAAAUUGUUAUUUUGGCGCCAUAUUGCAUUAGUGCGCCUGCAUUCUCUUUUUUUUUCAAAAUUUGGAUGAGGAACUACUAAUUUUUUUUAUGUGGCCUUAAGUUGCAUUGCACCCUACUGAUCAUUUUACUCUGUCUAACAUCAGAUCAUUUUGCUCUGUCUAACCCCAGACAAUUUCACUCAUCAAGGGGAGAGCUUUGUCAUUCAAUGGGUUCUUGCAAUGAAAGGGGUCCACUGCCAUGGUACUUCGAAGCAGUAGCGUAACCAGCCCGACGAUUUAGUCCCACUAUGCAAAUAUUUUUGUGCUCAUUGACUGUGAAAACAAUCAAUUUCUAAAGAAAUGAAUAAUGGGUCAUUCCAGAAAACAUCCAUACCUCCUCCACGGAGGAAAUUGGAAGUUAAGUUUAACCCCCUACCCCCUUCAGAUGUCCUAAUACACUUACUAUUAUCAGAAACAAUUCUUUCUCCCCUUUCCUUCCAGAUGGCAGAAUUUUUCUCUGUGGGGGGAGUGUGGGUCUUUUCUGGAAUGACCCAAUGAUAAUAAUUUUGAAUUUGCAUAGCAGGAGUGGACUAAAUUGUUGGGCUGGCUACGCCACUGCUUAGAAGAGACAUAGGACAGAUAGUUUAAUUUGGUUAAUGCAUAUUGAUAUGAGUAUCCUAUUUUUCUAUUAUAUAAAAGUCCCAAAGGAAUAAUGGAUCCUGAAAAAUAUGCAUUGAUAUUUUUUAAUAGGAUGUGGUUACAAACCUUACAGAAUUAUCCAAGGAGGAAGAGCAAUAAUAAUGCCAUGUUUCCAGAAAGUUCAAAAGUAAAUUUUGGUUUGCAACUUUUUAAAUUAUUCCCUGUAUUAUGGAAUCAUAUGUUACUCAGUACGUUGUAUCUUUUACAUUAGUACCUAUUUUACCAGAUAUAGGAGCAGCAUUAGCCCUAUUUUGAAUGGAGUAUGUGUAUGCGAAAAUUUGCAGAGUCAUUUCCCCUACAGUAGAUAUAAUUAUUUUUUGGUAAGGCAUAAAAAAAAAUACUUGUGGUUCCGGUUCCCGACCAACCCUAUUUUUUUUCUGCUGACCCUAUUAUUCUUUCAACACGAUUGACUGUGCAACCCUAUUUUCUCCAGGUGGUUGCGGGCUGCUCAUACAGCGUGCCAACAUGGCGUCUGUUGUCACACUAAUUAUUGAACUAAAUUGCCUAAAUUCGUCCAUAGGAAAUACACAUCUCUAGUUAAUAUUGAUGUUGGGACUUUACUGCAAAUCGCCCAGCAAAAAGCUGCCAAAACCAUGAAAAAAAUAUUCAAAAAAAAAUUAUUUCCGACCUAGCGACCCUAAUUUUUUAACGAUAUGAAACCAGAACCACAGGUAUUUCAAAUAUUGUAGUUUUUUCCUUCCUAUCAAAUUCAUGUUUUGCAGACUGGGAAAAAAAUUGGCCAACUGGGAUUAAAUAAUUUGUUGACUACCUGAUGACUGGGGGUUGUUCCACCCCCUCCGGCACCGCCCCUGACCAUUUAGAUUUACAAAUCUCAGCAUGCUUAGUUUGCAUCAGUUACCAAUUUAUUAACAAUGUUGAUAACAUAGCAUUGACCAUGCCCAACUACAUUAAAACCAUGCCUAUUUUGUCAGAAGAAAGCAAGGUGUUCAAUGUGUUAAGCUUUGUGUGUGUCUGUGAGACUCAGCUAGGCCCUAGUUUCAUGACACCGGAUUUGCAUCGGCGCGACAUCAAAUUUUACAGUUUCAAAAAUUCAACAGGAGUUUAGCACUCAAAAUUAUGAUAAUACUAAUAAUAGAAUUAGUCAAAAACUUCAAAUAUGAAAACUUGUGAGAGUCCGAAAAGCAUCUUAGUUGAUGUCACUCGACUCAUGUAACUAGGGGCCUCAGUGCUACUUGUAGUCGGGCAGACAGAAGGAAAAACUUAUUAUAUUGUGGGACAAUUCCAUUUUGCCUUCAUAUUGUGCUCUAAAGGCUAAUAAGUACGUUUCUGUAUGUUGGCCGCAUUAAAAUUUUUUGUGGGCUCCUACCGACACGUUUUUCUUCCAAUUUUGUAUUAAACUCUAUUACUGUAACAGUUAAAAAAUGUGAAAUUUCUGAUACAUUUCUAAUACAAAUGACUUACAUCAUUUGAAAGCUUGCAAAAAACUACAUAUAAGACAUUUAAACUGUUACCCAGGAUUUUCAAGUUCUUCUUUAGUUAUGAGCUGUCGAAUGCAUGUUUUCAAACUAGUACCCAGGAAUUUUGCGAGAUUUUGGCUUAGUUUUCACAUUUAAAACAGCAAUAACUCGAAAACUGCUUGAAAAUCCCAACUAACCAUUUAAAUGUCUUAUAUGUAGUUUUUGUUAGCUUUCCAUUGAUGCAAGUCAUUUGUAUUAGAAAUGUAUCAGAAAUUUCACAUUUUUUAACUGUAAUAGAGUUUAAUAUAAAAUUCGAAGAAAAACGUGUCGGCAGGAGCCCACAAGAAAUUUUAACGCGACCAACAUACAGAAACGUACUUACUAGCCUUCAGGGCACAAUAUGAAGGCAAAAUGGAAUUGUCCCACUAUAUAGUAAGAUUUCCAUAAUUUUGAGCCUCUAUCUGCCUGACUAUUGUUACUAUUUCAGAAUGCCUCUGAAUGUAUUCACACUGAAUGUCCAAUCACCUAAGGCUUACACUCAUCAUGGAGUUCCUGUCAUUGUCAGUGGGAUUGCACAGGUACAGUAAUUGCAACAUGUAUCAUAUAUAAAGAACAAAAUUUUACUUGAAUAUACACAACAUGUAUUUUUGACAACAUUCACUGAUCCAGAAAUGAAGGGAGAGAGAGUACGCUCAAGACUGCAUAUGCAAUAAAUUGUUUAUUUCAGGUGAAAAUCAAUUCUCAAAACGAAGACAUGUUGAGGCAAGCAUGUGAACUAUUCAUGGGAAAGAAAGCGGAAGAGAUCCGUAACAUUGCCCUGGAGACGAUGGUAAGCCCCAGAGGCAGAGUUGGCAUACCGGUAUUUUUAUCUUGCCGCAAUGAAAUUAUAACUAAGAUUUAUCCGAAUUGAAAAUCUGUGCUUAAAACCAAGGUUCGUACAAAACUUGAAAAUCCUUGAAAGUUCUUUAAGGCCUUGAAAGUCCUUGAGUUUAUAAAGAAGUGCUUGAAAGUCCUUGAGGGUUGAGUUUAUAAAGAAGUGCUUGAAAGUCCUUGAGUUUAUAAAGAAGUGCUUGAAAGUCCUUGAGGGUUGAGUUUAUGAAGAAGUGCUUGAAAGUCCUUGAGUUUAUAAAGAAGUGCUUGAAAGUCCUUGAGUUUACAAAGAAGUGCUUGAAAGUCCUUGAGGGUUGAGUUUAUAAAGAAGUGCUUGAAAGUCCUUGAGUUUAUAAAGAAGUGCUUGAAAGUCCUUGAGUUUAUAAAGAAGUGCUUGAAAGUCCUUAAAUUGUUCCUGCUUUAGUGGAUAUUUUCUGAAAGUGUUUGGCGGCAUUAAGAAUUGGACAUUUUGUAAAUUGAUUUUGUUCAUGUCUUAGAGAGACAGAAGCUGUUUGAAAUUCAGUAAAGUUGCCGUUUGGCGGUUUGAACAGUUUAACGUCACUUUUUAUUCAUUUCUAAGUUCUAACGCUUUCUUUUCAGCCCUUUAAUCCUUGAAUUUCCUGAUACUGUAUAUGGCCUUCGAACGUGCUUGAAUUUAACUCUUCCUGACCUUUACGAACCCUGUUAAAAUAUUUAUGAAACAAACAGUAUAAAACAAUAUUCGGCUCGAAAGGUCGAAGUUCUCGUUGUAUUUUUCAGAUAGUUGCAUCCCUAUUAACGGAAUUUUUAUUAAUAUUGGCACUAAAUAUAAGGCCCUAGGACUAGGCUGAACAAGGCUAUUAAACUAGCUCUUAAAGCAAAUUUAAAGUAUGCUUGUGAUGUUACUCUGAGUGCAGUAUAUCCACUGACACCGGUGUGGACUCAGUAUAUAUAAACAUCACAAGCAUCAUAUACACCUGAGUACACUACACCAACACAUAAAAUUUAAAGUAAGUUUUUUGAUGUUGCAACAGGACUUUUACACAGAGCUACUGUAUAUUAAAAACCAAUACCAGCCGACAAUUUCAAAAAAUAUAAACAUAAUCCGAAGAUUAGCAUCUUGAAACUCAAAAUAUGAGUCAAACAAGAAAGUGAGUGAGUAAUAUUUCGAUUUUAUUACAAAAUCAUCAUCAGACUAACAAAAUCAUCAUCAGACUAACUAGUUAGUCUGAUGAUGAUUUUGUAAUAAAAUCGAAAUAUUACUCACUCACUUUCUUGUUUGACUCAUAUUUUGAGUUUCAAGAUGCUAAUCUUCGGAUUGUGUUUUGUACUAUCCUGUAUAUUAAUUUGGAGAAAUUUUUCAUCCUAAGCUUGUCUCGCACUUUAGUUUACUUUAACGAUAUUUCCCUGUCUUAUAUUUUUUUACUCAAUGCCAUGGUAGUAUGACCUAAUAUUAAUAAGUAGGACGUCUGCGAAUUAAAACACCGUCGGUAACGCUCACAAUUCCUUGUCGGUACUACUUUCCUACAUUUUUGUUUGUGCGAAAAUGUCAUAUUGUAACAUGUGAUGUUUUCGCUCGCUACUCUGUUUUUUACAAAUGAAUGCAAAGUCCAGUCGAAUUGCACAUGCGUUCGCGACCCAACGUUUCGACACUCCAGCCUAAUGUCUUCAUCAGGGGUGAUCAGGGCCGUAGCAAAGAGGCUAAGCUUGGGGGGUGUAGUAUCGCAUUUACUGACAACAUUUCAGUCUUGGGGGGGGGGGGGCGAUUUUCCAAACAUAUACCAUUCUUCACCAACUUUCAAUUUAAUCUACCGUGAUUUGUUACAUUUUUCGGUAACAUUUUCGUAAAUUUAUCAAAAAUUUUGCUAUAACUAUCACUUUUUAAUCAGAGCCACUCAAACGACUUAGAAAAACCAGAGUAGCGACAAAAAUUUGACCUGGUUAUUGUAGCAAAUGGCUACGUCUUGUCGUGAUAACGAGUUGAUUAUUUUUCAAUAUCAUCACAGGAAGGACAUCAACGUGCUAUCUUAGCAAGAAUGACGGUUGAGGUACAGUAUUUAUGCUGGUGCUGAUAUUUUCUCGUACAAAUGCAUUUUUAUGAUGUGUAAAUGCAUGACGUCUUCGAUCUAUUGUUCUAGGAAAUUUAUAGAGAUCGUAAGAAAUUUGCCAAAAGUGUGUUUGAGGUAAGUUAGGCCUUAGUUAGGCCAGACACAGACAGAAAUUUUCCAGCCAGCAGCACGGCUGCCAGGAGACUUUUAACAAAAUAUCUUUGCAGGAAAUUUUUAUCUCAAUGAACCAUUUGCAUUAUAGACUAAAUUUUGGUCUGGACAAAAAUUUCAUCACAGCGUGAAAGAGCAUCACAAAAUUAGUAAUAUUCCAAAGUUUCGUUUUAAAAUGUUGUAAAAUGCGGAUAAUAUAGCCUCGCGAAAUUUGCAAUUUUCAGUCAUUUUGUAAUUACAAACGGGAAGUUGAUUCCCCAACACCCGAUUGGGCUGUCAAUUUCCCGUGCGUAAUACAAAAUGACUGAAAAUUGCAAACUUCGCAAGGCUAUAUUAUCCGCAUUUUACAAUAUUUCGCAACGAAACUUUGGAAUAUUACUAAUUUUGUGAUGCUCUUUCAAGCUGUGAUGAAAUUUUUGUCUAGAUCAAAAUUUAGUCCAUAACGCAAAUGGUCCAUUAUAUAUGCCAUAUAAUUUACUUAUUGUUUACAAAAGUGUUUUACAAGUCGAGAUUGUCUUGUGC